UGUGCUCUGUGCAUGUGUUAAUAAAAAAUCUUUCACAGUCAUUUCUCUAUUUUUGAAGUGAGAGAACAAUUGUAAGAAUUAGGUUUAUUCUUUGUUUUCAUGAAUAAUAACUGAUUUGAUAAUGAACCUGCUUACAGUAGUUCCUUAACCGUAAAGCAUUAUUUUAUUAUUAAAACAAAAAGCUACAAUUCAUAAAAGUGUCUGGAAGUUAAAAAUAAUAAGAACAAAUGUAAAUUAUAUGGUGUAAGAGAUUAAUAGCUGCCAUUCUAGCAACUAACAUGUUAAACUAUUCUUCCAAUCCACUAAAAAAAUGAGAGUACAACCCUGAUAUCCUGCACCUCCUCUGGUCCAUCCCAUGGUUUCCUCUCCCCUCUGGGAUUUUUUGACGAGAGGGCAUCGUCUGUUUAGCUCUCUUAUCACACAGUCCCUCUUACUGCAAACCUCAUAUGGCUCUAGCUAGAAAGACUGGCCUUGUUGCUGGCUUUACCAACAUCCCUGGCAUGCAGGUGGUAAACUUCUUUAAGUCCUGAAGGUAGAAGUUCCUCUCUGAACAUUUAAGGGAACAAGCCUUGCACUAUGGGAGACUGGGAGUUUCUAGAGAAGUUGUUGGAUCAGGUACAGGAACAUUCCACAAGCAUUGGGAAAGUCUGGCUAAUGGUGCUUUUUGUGUUUCGCAUCCUAAUUCUUGGACUGGCAGGAGAAUCAGUUUGGGGCGAUGAACAAUCUGAUUUUGUCUGCAAUACAGACCAGCCUGGAUGUCCAAAUGUCUGUUAUGACAAAGCCUUUCCCAUCUCUCACGUGCGCUUCUGGGUACUUCAGUUUCUCUUUGUUAGCACCCCCACCUUAUUUUACUUGGCGCAUGUCAUUUAUCUGUCCAGAAAAGAAGAAAAACUGAAGCAAAAAGAGGAAGAGCUAAGGGCUAUAGAUGAGAAGGACCAGCAAGUGGACCAUGCCAUAAGUGUCAUUGAGAGAAAACGUCUAAAAAUCUGCAUUCAAGAGGAUGGUAGGAUCAAAAUCCGAGGAGCGCUGAUGUUGACAUAUACAACCAGUGUAAUUUUCAAGAGUAUUUUUGAAGCUGGCUUUCUGCUUGGCCAGUGGUACUUGUAUGGCUUUGUAAUGCCUGCACUAUAUGUGUGUGAGAGAUCCCCAUGUCCUCAUAAAGUGGACUGCUUUGUUUCCAGACCCAUGGAGAAAACCAUCUUCAUUCUUUUCAUGCUAAUAGUGUCGCUGAUCUCUCUACUACUGAACCUCUUAGAACUGAUUCAUCUAGUAUGUAAGAGCAUGAUUCAUGCCUUAAAGAAAUACUCCCCAUAUGUGCCUAGCACAAAAUACACAAAAGAAGAGCAUAUAUACCCAGGGAAAUGCUCUGAGACAGCCAGUGCUCCUUUUCAGGACAAGUCUUACCUGUACCUUCCCAUGACUGAGAACAUUUCCUACCCAGCAUACAAAGUACAAAAUGAGGACAACUGGACAAACUUUAAUACUGAGAAACAGCUAUGCCUCACUGGAGGCGAUCAGACACUAGAGCAUUACAGCAACAGCCAAUUUAAACCUAUUUCUCCCAACUCCCAUGCUGUUGUCGAAAAGCAACCAAGCAGAGCCAGCAGUUCAUCCUCUAAGAAACAGUAUGUCUGAGAAAAGUGCCUUCAUGAUUUUUUUUUUAUUCUUGCUUUGAGCAUUUGGUUUGAUUGCCAGUACUUUUGUAGUUCUAUACCACCUACUACCAAUAAUGUGUACUGAAAGACUAAGCUAACUUGAAAUGUCUGCAGUAUGAACUGCAAAUUUUAGUGGGACAGUUCAGCCAGUGCCUUAAUCUAGAUCUUCUUUGUGUUUUCUUACUUUAACUGUGAAUGCCAGCUUAUGUGAAUCAUAAAAAGCUGGUGAGAGACAGCAUCCAUUCAAAUUUUCACGCUUGCGCUGUGUGAUUCUAUGAAUUACUUAGUCAAAGGCUCAAAAGACUUAUGGAUGUUCCCUCAUCUUUAUGUACAUCCCCAUCUGGCUAUUGUACAGUUAGGUCAUAUUUGCAUCUAUUUACAGAUCAGUCUUAUUUCAUGUACAAAUGUGUUCUAGUUGCAAUAUAGAAUGCUGGUGUUUAUAUUAUAGUUUUCCAUUUUAAACUGCGGAGAAUAAGGAUCCAUUGGAAUCUUUUAUUACACAAGACAACAAUAUUACAACAUUACAAUGUGAGGAGUUCAUGCAUGACC